AUGUCAACUUUGACAACACCUCCAAAUGGAUGCUCGCCUCGUGAUGAUGCUGCCCAAUUGCAUAAGGCUUUAAAAGGGCUUCGUUCCGAUACAGCAAAAAUUGUGAAUAUCCUUGCACAUAGGGAUUCAGAACAACGUGACCUUAUUCAACAAGCAUAUGAAACUAGCUUUUCUGAACCACUUUACAAACGUAUAUCUACAGAUCUUCACGGACAUCGAGCAUUGAAACUUUGGUUGCAUGAUGCUCUAACUAGGGAUGCAAUCAUAAUAAGAAAAGCAUUAACAAGUUCACCAGUUGUUGAUUAUCAAGCUGUAAAUGAAAUCAUAUGUUCUCGAACCCCAUCACAAAUACGAAGAUUCAAAGAUGCUUAUUUAUCAACUUAUCAUUCUAAUCUUGAUGAAGAUCUUGACAAACAACUAAGUGGAGAUCACAAAAAGUUGUUGGUGGCUUAUAUAACUAUACAACGUUAUGAAGGCCCUGAAUUGGAUGAAGCAUUAGUACAACAAGAUGCUCAACAACUAUACAAAUCUGCAGACAAGAAAAUAGGAACUGAUGAGAAGACACUCAUUAGAAUCUUCAGUGAAAGGAGCAGCACUCAUUUGGCGGCUGUUAGCUCUGCUUACAAAGCUUCUUUUGGAACACCACUUGAAAAGGCACUAAAACAGCAAGCAUCUGGCCUCUUUUUACGCUGCCUCUUGAUCAUACUACGAUGUGCUAUUAACCCUUCCAUGUACUUUGCCAAGAUUUUACGCAAGGCAAUAAAGGGAAUGGGAACCGGUGACACAAGGCUAAUAAGGGUAAUUGUGACGAGAACAGAGAUUGACAUGCAAUACAUAAAAGAAGCAUAUCUCACUAAAUAUGGAAAACCGUUAUCUGUUGCUGUUCGUUCAGAUACCUCAGGGCAUUAUAGGGAUUUUCUCCUACAACUUUUAGGUUCUGAUUAUUAG